CAGUGGUGGAGAGAGAGAGAGCCAGAGCUCCGGUGAGUGAGUGAGUGUGGUCAAGUGAGGUAGGCAGACAGUGGUGGAGAGAGAGAGAGCCAGAGCUCCAGUGUGUGAGUAUGGUCGAGUGAGGUAGGCAGACAGUGGUGGAGAGAGAGAGCCAGAGCUCCAGUGUGUGAGUGAGUAUGGUCGAGUGAGGUAGGCAGACAGUGGUGGAGAGAGAGCCAGAGCUCCAGUGAGUGAGUGAGUAUGGUCGAGUGAGGUAGGCAGACAGUGGUGGAGAGAGAGCCAGAGCUCCAGAGACAGUGUGUGGUAGUGAGGGAUCUCCAGUGAAUCUUCAGGCCUGUCUGUCUCUCUGUAUCGGACUGUCUGUCGGACCCGCACCGGUGUGUAUUCGCGCAUUUCUCACGCGUGUUCCUCAAUGCCUGCAUCCGUGUAUGAGUGACGAUGCUGUAGAGACGGCUUCACUGGAUUGCAGCUUCUGUCUCGCACCGCGUCCAACCCUUAAUUUUACCCGGACAUUGACAAACAGCCCCCGGUGUUGGUGACGUCCACUCCGGGUCAGAACCAUGUGAGGGGUUUUUAAUGCAUCUCUUGAGUGGACUGGAGCACUGACUGUAACCUCCCCGCCCCAGUUUAUACAAGCCCCGCCCCCUCCCUGUAGUCCCGCCCCUGUAUCGGUGGGAACUCGCCAUGAUGUUCCGGGACCAAGUGGGGAUUUUGACAGACUGGUUUAAGGGCUGGAAUGAGUGUGAACAGACGGUGGCGCUGCUGUCGCUGUUGAAGCGUGUUUCUCGGACGCAGGCAAGAUUCCUGCACAUCUAUCUGGACCACUGGCUGGCCGACUGCACAGAGAUACACAUACUAGAGGCAGAAGCCAACAAUGCAGCGAUCGUCAGUCAGUGGCAGCAGGAGCCAAAGGAGAAAGCCGUGUCUCUCCUGCUCUCUCAUCUCCCUCUACUACAGCCGCGGAACAGCGAAGCCAAGUGUGAAUACAUGAACCUCCUGCAGAAGGUCUUGAGUCACACCAUCGAGAGCAGCCUGUUUGUGGAGGAGAGCCGACAGCUGCUGUCUUACGCCCUCAUUCACCCCGCCACCACCCUCGACGACCGCAACUCUCUCGCCAUGUGGCUCAAUCACCUGGAGGAGCAUCUGUCCACGCGGCCACCCCCGCCCGGACCGUAUCAUCACGCGCGGCAGGGCUCAGACGAGUGGCCGGGUCCUGCCGAGUCCCUGGAGCCGUCGUACAGCUGGCAGGAGAAGCUGCCGUCCACCUGCAGCUCUCCGGCUGGACAGAACGGACACAUGCCUUUCGCCGGGACGGGUGGAGUGACCUCACCCGUCAACAACAGCGGCAACAUCAACAGCACAGGACUGUCUGGUCAGGUCCAUCCGAGCCCACUGAAGCCCUCAAUGUCACUCACACCCGUCAGUCAGUCAGCCUGCAGCUCUGAUUGGGUGAACCAGGAUGAAGGGGGCGGGUUUCAGGGAGCAGAACACGCCCCUCUGUCACCCCAGAGCAGCGUUGCGUCGUCGGGGAGUGAACAGACGGAGGAACAGAGCAACGCACGCAACACUUUCCAAGAGGACGGCAGCGGAAUGAAAGAUGUGCCCGCCUGGCUCAAGAGUCUCCGUCUGCAUAAAUACGCGUCGCUCUUUUCUCAGAUGACGUACGAAGAAAUGAUGAUCCUCACAGAGCAACACCUGGAGUCACAUAACGUUACGAAAGGAGCUCGACACAAGAUCGCGCUGAGCGUACAGAAACUGCGAGAGCGCCAGAGCGUCCUGAAAUCUCUUGAAAAGGAUAUUCUGGAAGGCGGGAACGUUCGCAAUGCUUUACAAGAGCUCCAGCAGAUCAUCAUCACGCCAAUCAAAGCUUACCCCUCGCCCGCUGCUGCCCAGAAAGAGGCGGAGCCUGUGGAUAAAGCAGCCAAUCCUGGCGAAGAGAAGGAAACGGAGGGAUUCCAGACCCACAAUCCUCCACCGUGUGACGGAGAGUCCUCGUCUGCACCCAUCUCUGAUGGAGAUAUCGCAGGACAGUUCACACGCGUGAUGGGGAAAGUGUGUACGCAGUUGUUGGUGUCCAGACCGGAUGAGGAGAAUAUCAGCUGUUACCUGCAGCUCAUAGAGAAAUGUCUGACGCAUGAGGCAUUUACAGAGACGCAGAAAAAGAGGCUGUUGUCAUGGAAACAGCAGGUGCUGAAGUUGCUCCGCCUCUUCCCGCGGAAAACCAUGAUUGACAGCGGAGUGUACCGGAGAGGGUGGCCGGCGUACGGCUCGAACUCUCUGCCCACAGCUGGAUCUGUGAGCGCAGGUUUGGGUCGCCGAGGUCAGAGGUCGUUCCAGAUGCCCCCGCGAGGAGCUCCUACCCCCGUCCGCUUGGGGCUGAUGACUGCUGCUGGUCUGACCGGAGCGUCACCGCGGCACACGCUCACAAACCCCGCGGCCGUCACUGCACAGGGCCGACAGAACCUGUGGUUUGGGAAUACCGGAGGCAGUAACAGCAUGCCGAGUCAGAGCAGAAGUUCUGUUCAGAGGACUCACUCACUUCCUGUGCACACAUCUCCACAAACCAUGCUCCUGUUCCAACAACAAGAAUGCCAAAUUCCAGGAACCGAUCUGGAGAUUAAUCCCACGCUGGAGUCACUGUGCCUCAGCAUGACAGAGCAUGCUUUAGGGGAUGGAAUGGACAGAACAUCAACAAUAUGAAAACAAACACUUCAUCACUUCGGCCGGUGCUCCAGCAGCCCAGCACACACACACACACACACACACACACACACACACACACACACACACA